AUGGAUGUGGAGAUGUCGAUGCCCUCCAUCUUGAGAGAGAAAAAAUACCCUUUCAUAGUUGUCUUCUUCCUUCUGCUCGUCUCCGUCACGUUCAUCCUCAUUUCUAACUCCCAGUCCGCCAUCCCCAUCUCCGCCAAUCUCGCCCAGCCCGGCCCCUUCUCAUCCGAUCUGAAACUCACUCCGGUUUCCACGCCGCCACCCAUUUCGUCGACCACCGAGCCGGCGGUUGCCAAUAUCAGCAGCAACGCACAUGGCGACACCAUGGAUAAUUCGUCAGCUGCGCUUGAUGAUAAUCAGGUUGAAGAUGUGGAGUGGGAGCUGUGUGAUGGGCCCCUGGCUGUCGAUUAUAUACCAUGUCUAGACAAUCAGAAGGCUAUAAAAGCUUUGAAGUCUCGUAAGCGCAUGGAACAUAGAGAGAGGCAUUGCCCUGACCCGGCCCCGAGGUGUUUAUAUCCUAUGCCUCAGGGUUACAAAGUUCCUGUUCAGUGGCCUAAGAGCAGGGACAUGAUAUGGUAUGACAAUGUACCACAUCCUAAGCUUGUCGAAUAUAAAAAGGACCAGCGUUGGGUAGUGAAAUCAGACGAUUAUUUUGUUUUCCCAGGUGGUGGCACACAAUUCAAAAAUGGAGUCAAUUAUUACAUUGAGUCUAUUGGGAAGAUGUUACCAGUGAUUGAAUGGGGGAAGAAAAUAAGGGUGGUUUUAGACGUUGGCUGUGGUGUUGCUAGCUUUGGUGGUGCUUUACUGGACAAAGAUGUCAUUACUAUGUCUUUUGCUCCAAAGGACGAGCACGAGGCUCAAAUUCAGUUUGCUCUUGAACGUGGAAUCCCGGCUGUGCUCUCAGUCAUUGGAACACAAAAGCUGACAUUUCCCGAUAAUUCUUACGAUUUGAUUCAUUGCGCAAGGUGCCGAGUUCACUGGGAUGGGGAUGGUGGAAAACCUCUGAUGGAACUGAACAGAAUCCUUAGACCGGGAGGAUAUUUUGUGUGGUCGGCCACACCUGUCUAUAGGAAGGACGAAAAGCAUCAAAAUGUCUGGAAAUCUAUGGUAGCUCUGUCGGAAUCAAUUUGCUGGACUAUAGCCGCUAAGACCUUUGUCGAGGCUUCCCAAGUUGGGGUUGUCAUAUUCCAAAAGCCCGUAUCAUCGUCCUGUUACCAGAAUCGAAAACAAAACAGGCCCCCUCUGUGUGAUGGGGCCAGUAAGCCCAACAAUUCGUGGUAUGUGCCUCUCGACAGUUGCCUUGUGCCGAUUUUAGAUGAUUUUCGCAAGUGGCCAGCACCCUGGCCUGAAAGGCUCAUUGAUAAACCUCCGAGCAUCUCCGGUGAACCAGAUUCUGAGGAAACCUUCAAAAGUGACACAAGACAUUGGUCUGCCCUUGUAUCAGAAGUUUAUGUUGGGGGCCUUGAUCUUAAUUGGUCAAAUGUGAGAAAUGUUAUGGAUAUGAAUGCAAUUUAUGGAGGGUUUGCUGCCGCACUCACCAGUCAACCGGUUUGGGUGAUGAAUGUUGUUCCCAUUCACGAACCAGAUACUUUGUCAGUCAUCUUCGAUAGAGGGCUAAUUGGAGUUUACCACGACUGGUGUGAAUCUUUCAAUACAUACCCAAGAACAUAUGAUCUUUUGCACUCCAGCUUCCUCUUUGCAAACUUGACUAAGAGAUGUGAUAUAAUUGAAGUAGCUGCAGAGAUGGAUCGCAUACUGAGACCGGGUGGGUAUUUGGUAGUUCAAGACACCAUCGAAAUACUUAACAGGAUUACGCCAAUUCUUAAAUCUCUUCAUUGGUCAGUAAGCAUACAUCAAGAUCAGUUUCUUGUUGGUAAGAAAAAUUUUUGGCGGCCAGAUAGGAAAACCAGAAUAUGA